AUUACUCCAUGAAGAAGGCAGCCUCCUUCCUCGGUAUUGGCACAGAGAAUGUGUACUUUAUCAAAGCAGAUGAAAGAGGUAAGAUGAUACCUGAGGAACUGGAGAAACAAGUCCAGCGGGCCAGGAAAGAGGGGUCAGCACCAUUUCUUGUCUGUGCUACAGCAGGCACAACUGUGCUGGGAGCAUUUGAUCCUCUGGAUAAAAUUGCUGAUAUCUGUGAAAAGUAUGGCCUCUGGCUUCAUGUUGAUGCUUCUUGGGGUGGAUCAGCUUUGAUAUCAAGGAAGCAUUGCAGACUUCUUCAUGGUAUCCACAGGGCUGAUUCUGUUGCCUGGAAUCCACAUAAAAUGUUGUUGGCAGGAAUCCAGUGCUGUGCUCUUCUGGUGAAAGACAACUCUGGCCUCCUGAAGAAGUGUUACUCUGCCGAGGCUGCGUACCUGUUCCAGCAGGACAAGUUCUACGAUGUCAGCUACGACACUGGUGACAAGUCCAUCCAGUGCAGCAGGCGUCCGGACGCGUUCAAAUUCUGGCUGAUGUGGAAAGCUUUGGGAACCACAGGCCUGGAGGAGAGAGUAAACAGGGCACUGGCUUUGGCAAGAUAUCUAGUGGAGGAAAUAAAAAAAAGAGAGGGAUUCCAGCUUAUUUUGGAGCCAGAGUAUGCAAACGUCUGCUUUUGGUACAUUCCACCGAGCUUAAGAAAAAUGGAGGAUGGACCUGAAUUUUGGCAAAAGCUGCACCAG